AUGCAAUCAUCAUUUAAAGUAAAAAUAAACUUUAGUGAUAUUAAACAUUUAUUGUUGACUAUUUAAAAAAUAAUAUAUAUUUAAUUGUUUCAGGUUUGCAAAUUGUAUUUGAUUUUAUGUUUUGGACUAUCAAUAAAUGCGACGCCAAUAUUACAGGGAUUAAAAACCACUUCAUCUAAUUACCAGCAAUCAGAAUCUGCAUUAACUAGUAACCCAAAUUAUGGCAUCAAGGAAUUUAAUUCAAACUUACAACCAUUUCAAUCUGUCCAUCAAAAUUUAAAAAACCAACCAGGUGCCGUAACUUUUAGAGAUGAAAAUAAUAAUCUUGUUACACAGGUAAAAAAAGAAUCAUUUAAUAGCGAGAAUAGCCAAAAUUCACGCACAUUUGAAUUCCAAGAAAGUAAACAACUUCCGAAUGGGUACUCAACAAGUUCCAAAAAAGAAUAUUCAUCUUCUAGUGUGACAGGAUCUCACCCUACUACAGUCAUUCAAAAACCAGUAAAUACAGAUAUUUAUUAUAAUAGUGAAAAAUUAAUCAAUAGUGAGUCAAGUGGAUUUGGACAAAAUAUUCAAAAUUAUCAAGUGCCUUCAAAAACAUACGGAAAUACGGAUUAUGAGUCAAUUAAAUCAAAUUUGAAUUCUCCAGCUACUCAAAGUAUGACCAAUAUACCGGGGACCACAACAAGAUUCAGAGACCAGAAUGGUAAUAUUGUCACUCAAGUGAAAAAAGAAGUAAAUAAUAAUGAUAACGGUCAACAAUCCCAUGUUGUUGAAUUUGAGGAAACUAAACAACUUCCAAAUGGGUACUCAAAAAGUUUCAAAAAAGAAUAUUCAUCUUCUAGUGUGACAGGAUCUCACCCUACUACAGUCAUUCAAAAACCAGUANUCUUCGAGUGGAAUUGGAGCUUCUUCAAAAUUAAUAAAAGACACUGCUACUGAAAGCAAUGUAUUUAUACCACAAUCAUCUAAGUAUGGAGAAUCAGAAAAAUUCAAUGGAUAUAACACAUUUUUUAGCAAUAAAAAGUAUUCUUCAGAUCUGAAUGGACCCAAUCAUUCUCAAAUUAAAAAUGAAUACACAACACAAACAUUAAACCACAAUAAGGCCAACUCAUUUGGGUACAAUAAAAAUGACCAACCCGAUUGUGACGAGAGUGGAGUUUCUUCACCAAUUGUAGGAUUUAACCAACCAACAGGAAAUGCAUACAUUUUGCAAUCACAAAAUCAACAAUCAGUUAAACCAUUUACGCCAAAAACACCGACAACACAGACAUUUGGAAAAAUUCAGUCAUCUACUCAGAAACACGAGACUGGUCAACAAUCUGUCAAUUUGAAUGAUUUUUACAAACAAUCAUUUAGUGGUAAGUCAGUUGAUAUUGAUUAUUCAUCACAACCAAAAAAGCCAAUAGGACAACAAUUUGAAAAUAUAGAGUCAAUGUCAACACAAACACAAAAAUUCGGACAACAAUCUGUAGAUUUAGAAGAUUUUUCAAAACCAUCUCCAACAGGUCAAGAAUCUGUGGACAUCGACUAUAAUAUACACACUCCAAAAUUGCCAAUCAGACAAUUUGAAAAAAUAGAAACAUCAUACCAAAAUAAAUAUAAUUCAGUAAGACAACAACCUACAGCAAAAUCACAUGUUAGAGAGUCAUCUGUCCAGCAAAAUAAUAAUUAUGGUGAACCUUUUGGACAGCAAGCAGUAGUAUUUGAAGGAUACAGAACAUUGGAAAAAAAUAUCAAUUUAAGUAAAUCGGAUCACUCACCUACUUAUGUUGAAAAUUAUCAUCAAACAUUGCACGGUGAACCAAUAAGAAGCCCAGUUUUACAAGGUCAACAAACAAUUGAUUUUACUAGUAUUUCUGAAGAACAUAAACCAGACAAAGCACAACAUUAUGGAAAUAUAGAUUUUAAACAUUCAACAUUUUCUUCUAAUACAGGAAAAUAUUCCACUGGUAUAGAUCAACCAAUAAAUCCUAAAUUUAAUAAUGUUUUUGAUAAAUUGGGUGAAUUAGAACACGAAAUUCUUGAAUCAAAGAGUACUGUAAAUAUAAACAAAGACAAUCAUCAAACAACAUAUUCUACAGAUCAUAAUGUAAAAAGCAUGCCAGUAAAAACAAGUAAACAAGUGUCACACUUUUCAAAAGCUACUAAUGACGGUAAACAAUAUAGAGAACCAGAGUCCGAAAUGAUUUCCAAAACCAACGAACAUUUAUAUUAG